AUGGCGCAGGGGCAGGAGUCGUCGACGCAGGCCGCCGCAGCGCCAGCGCUGUGCUCGAACGGCUGCGGGUUCUACGGCAGCGCGGCGACCAAGAACAUGUGCUCCAAGUGCUACCUGGAGCACCUCAAGGCCACCGACACGGCCGCCCCCGCCGCCGAGGGGAAGACGAAGAUCAAGGCGGACGUGGCCAGCCUCGCCUUCAACCUCAAGACGUCGCUGAGCCUGCAGGACUCCGCCGCCGCCGUCGCCGAGGCACCGGCGGCCGAGGCGCCGGCGAAGAAGGCGGCGACGACCAGGUGCAUGGCGUGCAAGAAGAAGGUCAGGCUGCUGGGGUUCGCGUGCCGCUGCGGCGGCACCUUCUGCUCGCUGCACCGCUACGUGGACGGGCACGCGUGCGACUUCGACUACAAGAAGGUCGACCGCGAGAAGAUCGCCCAGCAGAACCCUCUGAUCACGCCGUCCAAGAUCGACAAGAUUUGAAGGCAGAAGGAGUUGAAAAACAUGCAGAGUUUUUUCUAGGGACAAUGUAAGUUUUAGUUUACUCGUUGCCUUUACUAUCUCUCCUCUUUAGAUCUUUCCCGUACGCACUAGCCUCUCAAGUUGAAGAGAGUCGAUGUUGAUCUUUCCUGUUCGUAGUCAUGUAUUCAUACGGAUUGGUCGUUAGU